CAGGUCUAAAGCCUGUUAGAGAUGAUCAGAUGUUUUUCUUAUCUUAUAUUCCCACGGUUUCUGGAGUUGUACUACCACACGGGCGAGCUGCACCUGAUUUGGGAACUGAUGGAGAUUAUAGUGAACUAUAUUUUAACUGCCUGGUGGCUGGUCAAUGAGACUGAGCUGGUAUAUAUUCUCUGGUCAAUUCUUGAUAAUAUUAGAUUCCUUCGGGAUUAGGAAAGAGUAUUAACUAUUCUAGAGACAGAGAUAAUCUUCUUGGACUGAAGCAGCUAUAUUAGUCUUACUGGGGUGGAACAGAGCUACCAGAUCUCAGUAUCCAAUAUAAAUACUGAGAUGCUGAAAUUGAAUGUACUAGUAAUAAUCACAAGAAGUCUAAUAGCCACUGGUACAGGACAGAUCAGAUAGAGCUCUAAGAUCCAAGCCUUCCUUGAAAAUCUGACCACCAAGUCUUUGGAUGAGUUAAUACAGCAGCAACGGACGAAAGAGAUC